AUGAGCGGCAUUACGCCCGAUCCUGACCUCGCAGACGAGAACGACUCGACUUACGGCGAAGAUGCAUUCAGCGAGACAGCGACAAUAUCAUCGUGGAUUCGAGAGUACAGGAUAGAGAAUGGUCGAACUUAUCACGCCUUUCAUGACGGGAAAUAUUGGGGUUCGAAUGAUGAAGAAGCGAACGAACACUACGAUAUCUGCCAUGUGCUCUACACGAAGACUUUCCACGGCCGCCUCUUUCUUGCCCCGAUCAAUCCGAACCCAUCUCAAGUUCUAGACCUGGGGACUGGCACAGGGAUCUGGCCCAUUGACUUCGCAGACCAGUUUCCCUCGGCGAUAGUGACGGGUACAGAUCUCAGCCCAACGCAGCACUACUACACUCCCCCAAACGUCCGCUUUGAGAUAGACGACAUAGAGAGUGAAUGGACAUUCAGAGAAAACCAGUUCGACAUGAUUCAUAUCCGUGGACUACACGGGACGAUCGUCGACUGGCCCACCGUGUACAGACAGUGCAUGCGCGCGCUCAAACCCGGGGGCUACCUCGAACAGUCCGAAUAUUCAGCGCAAUUCACCAGCGACGACAACACCAUCCCACCCGACGGCGGCAUCGCGCUGUGGAACACGAUCGGGCCGGAGUGCCACCGCGUGCUCAACCGAGAACUCCAGGUCCUCGAGACCAUGCGCCAGCACAUGAUUGACGCAGGGUUCGAAGACGUGGUCGAGCAUCGCUUCAAAUGGCCCAUCGGUCCCUGGGCGAAGGACCCGUUCCUCAAGCAUCUGGGUCAAUGGUCGAAACUCCACAUCGAGUCCGGGCUCGAGAACUGGACGCUGAGACUCCUGACCAGCGUCCUGGGCUGGUCCGCCGAUGAGGUCCGGGUCAUGUGCGCCAGCGUCCGUCGCGAGCUGCGCGACCCGAAGGUCCACGCCGUGCAUCGCAUGCAUACCGUCUAUAGCCGUAAGCCCGACGGCUUGCCGGCCCGCAUGCAGUAA